CGGAUUCGGAGCGAGUUCGGCAUCAGGUCUCGUUGUACGCGGUUGUGUUAUGAUAAAGUGUCAAGUUGAGACGCGUUAGUUUUUUGAUUUUCAUAAUUUGUAGUUCUGAUGCAAUUUUAUGUGCUGUUGUUCAAUCGUAACUUGCGCUAAACUAGCGUGUCCGGCUGAAACACUCAAAGUGCAGGACAAGGGAGCAGUGAAUAUUCGGCAGCGGCUAUUCCAUUUUCUUCCCAACCAAACUACGUAGGAAAGCGCUUGGAAAAGUGAAGCGGCAGUGGCGGCGACGGUAGCGCAGCAGUGUUGAGAAAGAGAACGCGGGAACUAGCGCCUGCAUUGGGAACUGUCUUUUACUCAUGAAUAGCGAGUAAAACAGUUAUUCUAGACGCGAAAGUCAAUUGCUGUGACAGAGAUAAACAUAAACAAUACUGUUAAAACGUUUUGCUGUUUUGAGUUUUGCUAGCCGAAACACCAAAAGAACAUCUUCAAAUAAACUAAGGAACUGCAGGUAACUGUGAUUUGUUGACGCAAUGCCUCGGCUGAAGAAAAAGGAAGAACCCGUAGCGUCACCUACGGAUGCGGCCGUUACGUUAACAGCCGGCCGCUCGAGACGCACCAUCAAACCAAACCGUAAAUAUCUGAACGACAGCGUAGUGUUGGCUACGACUUCCAAAAACUCCUCUCGUUCGAGCACCCCGGACAGUGACAACAGUGCUGACGAGUUUCCCCACGCAGACGACGAUGAUGAUGAGGUUCCAUCUAAGCCAAGCAUCGGACGUAGAAGCGUAGCGGCUAGUCGAGUGCAUACGCCUACAGGAAAGCCACGCGGAAGACCAAGAAAGAGUGGUAUUGUAAAGGCUGUAGCAAAAACUGAACCAAUCAAGAAUUUGCGUAAGGAAGUAAUGAAAAAGAUGGAUUUGACUACCCUUAAUAUUGGUAAACCGAGGGUGGUUCUCACCCCGAUAAAUAAGAUGGACAUCAAACGUAGACUAGACCUAGAUCAGUCGAUCGAAAAAGGAAAACCAAUAACCAAACCGAGGCCAUCUGUUUCGGAAAAGGUAUCGAAGCCGGAAGAAAAAACCAAACCGGACGUUCGACCGAUGCGUAAACGGCAACAGGAAAGUCCCGUAGCACCGGAAAAACCAGAUUCUUUAAAGAAAGUCAUCAAUCCCGUGGCCGUCAAAAAACAUCAAGUGGAGAAGUCGAUUCUGGUGAACCGGAAUCGAAAGGAACCGACAGUAUACAGUGACGAGAGCGAUGACGAAGUGCAGAUUGUAGGAAUAAGCCGCGAAACGGCACCUUUCCUGGGUAGAAAAUCAGCGGGAAAAGGUGGUGCGGUGGCUACGAAACAAGUUACACCGGCCAAUGUGAGGGUGAUGAAAUCACUGAGUGCCGGUAAAGAAACUCAAGCAGUCUCUGCUCUUAACAAGCGAAAAUUAGAGGAAUCCGAUGAAGAGAUGAAUGUCAAGGGCGCUAAGAAAAGACUCCCAUCGAAAGCAGCUAAACUUUCUGUAACUGCUGAUUCUGAAGACGAAGAGGAUGGUGAUGAUGAACCUUUUCGCCGAUCAACGAGAUCCAGUUUGCUCUCUGAUAAAAGCUCGGCCACCUCGACACCUCAAAAUAUUUCUACCACAAAGGCUAAAGAAUCACCGGCUUCAGGUGGUAUGAAAUUUGGGCGAAGCUCCGAAGGAUCAAAACCCAACCUUACAAGAACCGCCAGCAUGCCGGCACUUGACAAAAGUAAAGCUAUUAUUCGACCCGCUAUAACUAAGCUGUCAGCGCAAUUAGGGUCCAAAUCGUCCGUUAUAAUGAAAUCAUCGCCGCAACCAAACACACCGAAGUCUACGUUGGGUAUGAUGGCCGAGAAAAAAAGUAAAUCUGAAAUGAAUCUCGUGGAUCCCAUCUGUUCACCCGAGAAAGGACCGAAAGCUGCUGAUAAAGGAAAGUUGAAAAACGCCACAAUAAGAAUUGUCGAUAUUGGAGAUAUUAUUAAAAACAAGUCCGCUAGUACCCCGGACAUCAAUAGGGCAGGGCUUACAUACAAAAAAUUGUUACCGAAAGAAUCGGAUGCUCAAUCAGAAGAUAGUGAAGAUUCUGACGGCAGUCCCACGGCUGAGAAGCCAAAAACAAAUAACCAAUUAGUGGCAUCAAUCCUCGAACGCAAAAGACCUAUCAAUUUAGACCAUUUGCGAAUUAAUCGUACAGGCAAACGAGGACGUCCUUCCAUAAGCGGGAUGAAAACGCCAACCCCGUUGGAUAAAUCAGCCUCCAAAAUCGUACGUCCGUCCGUCAUUGAUUUGGCAGAAGAAGAUGAGAUAGAUUUCGAGGAUAUGCUGCAAACAAACAUUGUCACAGCAAACACAGUUCAAAAGGGAACGAUACAAAAGGUGAUCCCUGGGCGUCAAAGGUCAUCUAACUUGCCGGAUGAAAAUAUCGCUAGAAGCGGUCGUAAGACACCUGUCGCCAGAUCCACUGUAGCUUCCAACAACAACAAUGUGUACAAAUCUAACAACAACGGUCGGUUCGGUUCUCAGAGUUCCGCUAAUCGAUCGGGUUCUGCCAGUCCACAUAAGAAUCCGCCGCGAAUUCUCAAUUCUACCAUGAAGCUGGGUGACGGUCGACCGUUCGCAAAGCUUGUGGCGAAUAGUGGUGAUAAGCACUACUCGAUAGAUUUGACUGAUCCGGACAAUGAUGUUAAGCUAAUAGCAUCACCUGGAUCACCCACAUUAUCACCGGUCAAGCGAACACCUUCGAAAGUAGUUCCUCGGCCCAUCGUAACUUCUGGUGGUCUCCGAAAUGCAUCCAAUGCCCUCAACAAGCCGGUUGGUGGAGCCGUGCAGCGUUCAGUCUCGUCACUGACCAGCUCUGUUGGUAGCAGUCCUAAAAUGAAGAAGAUCACCUGCUACGAGACCUGGUACGUGAUUAACAUCCCAAACAAUGAGAAUAAACCUGAGAGGCCGUCAUUUGCAAUGUCGAUGAUUGGAUUAGGCAACAUCGCUGGCCACGUCCAGCUUCCGUCGACGGAAUGGUCCCACAAAAUCAUACUGACAAAGCGAAAAGUUUCUCCGCUUGAGGGGGAAGAAGUGUUCAACGGGGAUGUGGAGGAUCGAGCCAUAAGUGAAGAUGAAAAGCGAAACUACGAGCCUUGCAAUAUCAUGUUUCGACGAAAAACGGCCAUUCCGGGCAAAUUCAAUUUACAGUACGAUCGGGCAGUUAUAUUCAAGAACGACACGUUUUUCAUCAACGUUGACGGUAAAAACUGCCAGCUCGUGGGAGCACCCAACAAGCUGGACGAUACCGAAGAUAUUGAAACACUUCUGGCCGUCGUGGAUUUCGUCAAUCUGAAAAACAAUUGCGUGGAACUAUCCACGGCCUGAGCCCGAAAGCAGUCGACGGACGAUCGCAAACUGUAAAUACCUUUUUUUACCCAACAGAGAACACUCAUCCUUCAGCCCAGCAACGCAGUACGCCCGUACCGUACGAAAAGCGGAUAAACCGAAUUGAUUUUUCGAGACUAGUGACUUUGGUUGAAAGUAUAUCCACCUAGAGGAUAUACUUGAUCGCAUGGAUGAGGCAAAUGUUGUAAUUGGUUUUUUAAAGUGUUAUAAAUCCAAAAUGAGUGUAGAAAUUAUAUUAAAAAGUUGCAACCACUAUUCAGAUAACUUUCUUCGUGUAUAGAUAUCGGUUAUACCCGGUAGGCACUUUUCUUUCAACGAUUAAGUAAACCAAACAAUGCUAUUGGUGUACCCCUAAACAGCGUCUAAAUAUUGGGCUCAUGCUACAAAGAUUAUAUGCAACAAACUAUUACAUAAAAUUAUAAUUAAAUAAAACUUUAUUCAGUUAAUAAUAAAAUGAAAGUAGUAUGAAA